AUGCCAUUGGGGAAAAAGGUUCGCUCUUCCUCCGCUUCAGGAAGAUUAGAAACCUUACAUGUGUCCAGCAUCCUUUCUGAAUUGGGGAGUACAGGACAAAGAACGAGAAAGAGUGCUGGGUCGGGUUGUCCAGGUGAGAAAGUCUCAGAUUACUCCUCAUCAUCAAGACGAGCGGGUGUCAGCGAGGACAGGAAAGAGCAGCCUGAAUGGUUGGUGCGGGAGCUGCUGAAACAGAACAAACGAAGACACUCUGUCACACUUGGAGACAAGGCUCAAAUCAUGAGACAACACCACGACCAGUCUAUUGACAUUUUUUUCCCUCUCUGUAAUAAGAUUGAUGAGAAGAUAUCACUUGAUAACCUCCAUAAACUGAAACUAGCAUUUGAGGAAUUUGAAACAGGUUGCUUGAGAACCAUUGAUGCAAAGAAUUUUGGACGUAUAGUGAAGACGUGUUUGGGUUUUCCUCAAACAAGCAAUGCACAAAUUCAAGGGUUAUUUAAGAAGAUUGAUUAUUCAGGCCAGGGAAGAAUUUCAUGGGGUGAGUUCUGCACACACAUGCUGCAGGAGUACAAAGAAAAAGAGGAAACAGCAAGACGCAGUAAACAGGUGGCUUUCACUCUGCCAGCCACCAUGAAGACGUUGUGUCACAGCAUUCCCACCAUCAACAUCCACUCCACCCAUGAUGGCACCAUCAUAACUGUGCGAGAAGAUGGGGCUGUUUGCUAUUGGAGUCCUGAGCUUAAACCUCAGAAGACCAAACACAUGUUUAAUGAAGGACCUGCAAACAGGAAGUCAAAGUGGGCAAGUGAUUUUACUCUGAUGACAGAGUACAACAAGCUGAUGAUUGGAACAGGGGACAGAGAGAUCCAACUUUAUGAGCUUUCCACACUGGAGCCUUAUUGCCAAAUCAAUACACUAGACACAGUCCCUUUGACAUUAGACUACGGCUGCACAGGCCUUGAUAAAUGUUGUAUUCUGUAUGGAGACACUGAGGGAUGUGUGAAUAUCAUUUUAGUGUCCUCUGUUGGAGAUACCUUCAGAUUAUGGAAUAAAUUACCAAAGAUUGAAAAUAUGCCCAACAUAACAAUUGACAAUGCAGUGCUCUCUCCAAGUGUGACAUUUGUGCGAUGGAAGAUUCAUCAGGACUGGGUGACACAGGUAAAAUAUUUGCCAAGUUUCCAAGCUGUUAUCUCGUCGUCAAAUGAAGAGGCUUCAUCUGUUGUUAUGGGUUGUGUGCUGCCUUUAACGGACGCUGAGCAGCAAUUGAGCGAGAUCAGAGAAGCUUGUUAUGAAAGUAAGACCAAGAAGGACCAACUGAGCUGGACUCCACAGCUCAGGGCUUCAUAUGACCAGACAGUCUUCACCAUCUGCAAAGGUGUGAAGACCUUUGAUCUUUGUCAGAAGCACAGCCUGCUGGUUACUGGAGGCAUGGAUAGACUCAUACGCAUGUGGAACCCACAUUUUUCGGGGAAACCAACCGGGAUUUUGAAAGGCCAUUCUGCUCCUGUCAUGUACCUCUGCAUUUCCUCGGAAGACAGUCAAAUCUUCUCAGUCUCCAUAGACUGCACUGUAAAAAUCUGGGAUAUUCAAUAUCAGUGUUGCCUGUUUACAGCAGAUCCAAAAGCCACUGGAAUUCAUGGUGACAUAUCUGCAUGCCUAUAUUCCCCUGCUAUGAAAUCCCUUUACACUGCAGCAGACUGUAUGGCUGUGCUGUCCCUGAAGAUAAGGCCGCAGCUUCACAGCCGUCUAAAUGUCUCCCAUAAUGAGCCUGUAAUGUGCUGCGGCUACAGUGAGGAGUUUCGUCAAGUUGUCAGCUGCACUGAGGGAUCUGUGGUGAAAGUUUGGGAUUUUGACACUGGACGUCAGGUUUUUGAGUUUGGUGGCACACAUGACCUGUCUGCCAUCACAUGCGUAACUUUUGACCCCAAAGGGAGGAGACUCAUCACAGGGGGAAGAGACGGUUGUCUAAAGAUCUGGAACUUUAACAAUGGGCAGUGCCUAAAAACCCUAAAGAAGGACAGUGAAUGUCACGAGGUGUGCGACUGCAUCUUUCUGAAAGUUCACAGGAAUUCCUAUGUGAUGUCUGUCGGCCGAGACCGGAAGAUUGACAUUUACUCAGACAUACCCGAGGACCCUCACCAUAUCCAGAGGCCACAGCCUUCAUGGCAGGAUGAUCAGAAAAAUGGCCAUAAGGAAGACAUCCUUUGUGUGACACAUUGUCCCCCAUCUCUUGUGGCCACCAGCAGCUAUAAUGGAGAGAUUAUAGUGUGGAAUGUGAUUUCUGGACGUAUACAGACACGGUUUGUCAGCCCUCUGCCAGCUGAACGCCAAAAUGUUGAAGGCCUGGAUACUAGUGUUCCGAGCAUGAUUUUCCUGAAGAACUCCAAGUUACAGCAAUUUUCUUCGGCUACAGCUCUCCUGUCGUCUGGAGCCAUGGGUUGUGUAAAUAUCUGGAAAGUGCUCAAUGGUGGGAAGUUUGUGAGGAGCUUCAAAGCUUCGAAGUUCCAACAAAAGAUUACAAAACUGGCUAAAACAGACAAGGACACGUUGUACGCUGCUGACAGAAUUGGUUACAUCUACAUUUAUGACAUGGAGACAUUUGAUCUUGAUGCUGAGAGAAAGCCACCAAGAGCCUGCAGAUCGUUGACAGUGAUCUAGUGGUGCUUACCUCAUCCAUGGACUUCACAGUGCGCCUUUGGAGUGCACAUGGAGAAUUGGGCAUUUGGGCAAUCUGAGAGCUGGAGUGUCCACAUCUCCUCUUCCUGGAUGCAUCCUGCCGUCCCCUAUGAGGUUUUGAUUGAUCCUCUGAGUAUGCCAGAUCAUGAAAUCCUGAGAUGCAAGGUAUAUUUCUCUGUCUCUUCCUCCCUCCAAAUGCUGAAAUUAACUGAACUUUGCCUGCUCCUCUUGUGGCAUAAUUACAGUCAGAGACACACCCUACGCUGACACUUCCUCCAACAUCCAUCAGUGACGGAGACAUUGAGGAAGAUUAAAGGCAUGUUUCACCCACAUGAACACAGGACUGGGGAUAUUGUCAAACCAGUGAGCUCUGAAAGGCUUGGAUACUGUGAAGCUACCAAGUAA